AUGCUGGCUUGUCGAAGACGUGCGUGUACGCGUCAUAGUUCCCUGUGGCGUGUAGUCAAUGCAAUUGUGUAUUCUUCGACAAGACCUAGUAGUGCUUUGCACACGGCAACGGGCGGUGUGAAUUUGGUAUCAGGUCCAUGGCACUCAACGUUACACCACUCGGAUAGCUUCAUGCUGGCGCCAACGUCGACUAUAUUUGUCGCUCGGUUGUUCUCCCAUUCGAACCUCAUUACACCGCAACUGGAUGAAGAUGAAGGAGAAGAUGGAGAAGAGCUAGAGCAGGAUCUGAAACGUCGUCAUGAGCGAAAGUUACAGAGAGAGACGAGGUUCAUUCCUCUUGAACGUCUAGAAAAAGAGUACAUGACGCAGCUGAUAGAAGCGCUCAAGUCCGUGGCAGGAUCGAAUGCGUGGCGCAUUGCGCUAGACAUUUUUGACGAGAUCCAGCGCUCAAAUGGACGAGGCCUGACGAUGGAGGUGGCGUCAUUCCUCGUGGAGGUGUUAGGGUCGAGAAAACGCGUUCAGGACUGCAUGCGAGUCCUGGCUUACGUACGGGAGCAAGGUGUGCGUCCUCGCAUCCAGUCGUACUCAAGUGCAAUUGGCUGUUGCUACAGGGAGGAGGCGUUUGGUCACGCUCUGCGUGUGUUUGAAGUCAUGAGGAACGAUGGAUACGUUCCGCAGACUGUGACGUAUUCACAUGCACUGUCGUCGGCACUUAAGUCGAGUCAACAUGAAUUGGUGCUUGAAAUCUUUGACGAUAUGAUCAAAAACCGAUUGGACUUGAACAUUAUCAUUUACAAUAAUAUUCUAAACAGUUGUGCCCGUGCAUCGGAUGUUCAAAGUGCAUUGGGCGUUUUGCGUGCAAUUCGCCAACGUGGACUGGAGAUGACGCAAUCAACGUACCAUUCGCUUGCCAUUUGUGCUGGUAAGACAGGCAAGUGGGAGCUAGCGCUAGAUGCCAUGAAUAUGAUGCAGACAAGUGGUUUUACACCCACAGCGACAAUCUUCAACUCGGUAUUUUUGGCUUGUGCCAAGGGAAAGCAGUGGGAAACGGUGGUUGAAGUGUACGAAGCCAUGCCUGAGAGUUUUCGCGAGAAUUUACGAGGCGUGUACCUUGGUGCUGUGAUUAUGGGCCACGCCAAAGCUGAGAGAGAGGAACUGAGAAUGCGAGGGCUAGAGAUUUUUUACAAAUACAAGGCGUGCCAAUCCAAGGAUGAGCAGCCUAAUUUUUUCGCUUACAACGCGGCGCUACUUGCCCUGCUGGAAACCAACCAACUUGAGAAGAUGCAUCCCCUUGCCAACGAGAUGAAAAUGCAGGGGAUGGCAUGGGAUACGGUAACGUAUCAGUGUUUGAUCUUGUCUUAUAUUCGCGGUGGUGCCGUCGAGACUGCUUUGCAAAUGCUGCAGAAAAAUGCAAAGCACAUGGGCAAAACGACCAUGUGUUACCGUGAAGCCAUUAAAUUCUACGACGAAAAGCGGAAAAAUCCUCGCGAGGCGGUGCGACUGACCAUGCAAAUGAUGCAGAUGAAUAAACGUUUGAGCCGUCUCGAUUGGCACAAUGCGCUGCGACUUGCACUGGAGCUGCCUGAGCGGGCUCCGUACUGGAAUUUCCGCAAGUGGAUGAACAUUCGCGCCAAGAGUAUUUUGGACGAUAUGCCUCCGUACCUAAUGCUGCCCAAACACACGGAUCAGCUGCAAGAAGAUGAGCCAAACCAAGAGGAACCCCAAAGAAAGUAUCACGAGGAUAACUACUACUCGCGCAAACGGCAGCUGAAUCGCAGGAUGACUAACUUGAACGACGAAAAGUUCCUGUAA